AUGGCCUGGACGGUGGCGGCGGGGAGCCGCGGGGCCCGCGGCGCGCUCUCGGCGCACACGCUCCUGUUCGACAUGCCGCCCGCGCUGCUGGGGGAGUUCUGCGCUGUCCUGGACAGCUGCGACGGCGCGCUCGGCUGGCGCAGCCUCGCGGAGCGACUUUCAAGCAGCUGGCUGGAUGUUCGUCACAUUGAAAAAUAUGUAGACCAGGGUAAAAGUGGAACAAGAGAAUUACUUUGGUCCUGGGCACAGAAAAACAAGACUAUUGGUGACCUUUUACAGAUUCUCCAGGAGAUGGGGCAUCAUCGAGCUAUCCAUUUAAUUGCAACUUAUGGGGCAACCUUGAAUCCUUCAGAGCACAAUCAUCAGGGAAAAGGAUUUCCGAUCAUGUUAUCCAAGGAAACAGCUAGUGUCACAGUGGAUAAUGUUCUUAUUCCUGAACGUAAUGAAAAAGGAGUAUUGUUUAAAUCCUCCAUCAGCUUUCACAACGUCAUAGAAGGAACCAAAAAUUUCCACAAAGACUUUUUAAUCGGAGAAGGGGAAAUUUUUGAGGUAUACAGAGUGGAAAUCCAAAACCGAACAUAUGCCAUUAAAUUAUUUAAACAGGGGGAAAAAAUGCAAUGUAAGAAACAAUGGAAGAGCUUUUUAUCUGAGCUUGAAGUGUUACUGCUGUUCCAACAUCCAAACAUAUUGGAGUUGGCUGCAUAUUUUACAGAGAGUGAGAAGUUUUGCCUGGUUUAUCCGUAUAUGAGAAAUGGAUCACUUUUUGACAGAUUACAGUGUGUAGGUGACACAGCCCCACUCUCUUGGCACAUUCGAAUCAGUACCUUAAUAGGAACAACCAGAGCCGUUCAGUACUUGCACAACAUGGAACCGUGCUCUGUCAUCUGUGGCAGUGUAUCAAGUGCAAACAUACUUCUGGAUGAUCAGUUUCAACCCAAACUAACUGAUUUUGCCAUGGCACACAUCCGACCCCACCUAGAACCUCAGAGCUCUGUCAUAAGCAUGACCAGCAGCAGCAGUAAACGUUUGUGGUACAUGCCAGAAGAGUAUAUCAGACAGGGCAAACUUUCUGUUAAAACAGACGUCUACAGCUUUGGAAUUGUAAUAAUGGAAGUUCUGACAGGUUGUAAAGUGGUGUUAGAUGAGCCAAAGCAUAUCCAGCUGAGGGAUCUCCUUAUAGAAUUGCUGGAGAAGAGAGGCCUCGAUUCAUGUAUCUCAUUUCUAGAUAAGAAAGUACAUCCCUGUCCUCGGAAUUUUUCCGCCAAGCUGUUCUCUUUGGCAGGCCAGUGUGCUGCAACACGGGCAAAAUUAAGACCCUCAAUGGAUGAAGUCCUAACUGUUCUUGAAAGUACUCAAGCCAGCUUGUAUUUUGCGGAAGAUCCUCCCACAUCCUUGAAGUCCUUCAGGAGUCCUUCUCCUCUGUUCUUCGAUAACGUACCAAGUAUUCCAGUGGAAGAUGAUGAAAACCAGAAUAAUCCAUCGCUGCCUCAUGAUAAAGGUUGGAGAAAAGGGAGAACGACUCAGAAAACUCCCUUUGAAUGCAGCCAGUCUGAGGUUACAUUCCUGGGCUUUGACAGAAAGACAGGGAGCGGGAGGAACGAGGACAGUUGCAAUGUGCCCAGUUCUCCUUGUGAAGAAAGUGGGUCUCCAAAGCAUGCAGCUCCAUCCCAGGACUUGAGGGCCUCUGGUGUGAAUGUGGACCCUUCUGCGGAAGUUCCAGGGCAUUCCUAUAGGGGCAUGCCAGUGGAGACUGGCUGUUCCUCUGAGUUUUCCUGGAAUGAAUGUGAACAGUACAAAAAGGCAUCAAUUUCACCAGAAGAUAAAGAAGAAAGCAAGUAUUGCUGAGUCACCUGAGUACAGGUCUCAUCUUGGGAAGACAUUGUCUUUAUCGGUAGUGCCAAGAGGAUGAUUGAUGGUGAAUUUGGGUAAUGCAGAUCAAUGGUCUGAACAAUUCUAUUCCAUUCCUUCCAACUUGCAGAACAGAGUGGCUUAAAAUUUUGUUUUAGCACGAUCAUUGCCUCAUGAUCAAACCUGGACUAAAUUAGAACCAUUCAGAAUUACUUAAGAUCGUAGACUCUGACUUCAGACAAACAAAACAAUCAAAACCUACCAAAAUGGAGUGGAUUCCAGUGUCUUCUCCAUCAACAUCCAUGUGAAUCCUCAGAGCCUCCAGUCUGCUAAGUACAUUCAGUUCAGUUGGAUUCCAUUGUUUUCGUUUAGCUUGCUUGCG